GUGUAUUUUUCACCAAAAGGGUUAACUACCCCUUGUAGGAGCCUUCUGUAGAUUGAUAUGAAUUCAAAGGCGCCGACAAGAGAAGAACAAGCACAUGAAAGCGACCUAUUGCAACUGAUAUCCUGUGAAUAUAUGACCUUGCAGCUUUUCACAUAAAUAAGACAAUUGGAAGAGUGCAGUGGCAUUCCAUUGUUCAACUGUGGGCACUUCACACGCUAGCUACGGUUUGCAACCAAAUGGCAGAAUCAACAAAGAGGUAUGCAGUCAUUACGGGUGCGAACAAGGGGAUUGGGCUUGAAAUAUGCAGGCAGUUGGCUUCAAAUGGGAUUGUGGUGGUGUUAACAUCUAGAGAUGAGAAAAGAGGGCUCGAAGCAGUUCAAAAGCUCAAAGACUCUGGUCUGUCAGAUUACGUACUUUUUCAUCAGCUGGAUGUCACUGAUCCUUCCAGCGUUGUAUCCCUUGCAAAAUUCAUAGAGACUCGAAUUGGAAAGCUAGAUAUAUUGGUGAACAAUGCCGGGGUUGUUGGAGCCACUGUCAAUUAUGAAGCUUUUAGGGCUGCCGGCUUUUUAGAGAAGCAGGAUGCCGACGCCCAUGCUCGAGUCAACUGGCGUGAAGCUUUUACGCAGAGUCUGGAAGGAGCCAAAACAUGCAUCGAAACAAAUUACCAUGGGUCGAAAAGAAUGGUAGAAGCUCAUAUUGGCCUCCUCCAACGGUCUAAUUCACCAAGGAUCGUGAACGUCUCCUCCAUCGUCGGGAAGCACCAGUAUGUGUCUGAUGAAUGGGCCAAGGGAGUUCUGAGCGACAUCGAGAACCUCACAGAGGAUAAAGUGGACGAGGUUGUGAACGUUUACCUUGAGAAUUUCAAGAAUAGUUCAUCUGCAGUCACGCCCGCUUAUAUCAUCUCAAAAGCAGCCAUUAAUGCCUACACUAGGAUCCUCGCCAAGAAGUUUCCAGGUUUCCUCAUCAACUGUGUAUGCCCUGGCGCAGUGAGAACAGACAUCAACGGUCGCAGAGGCAUCUUGUCCAUGGAAGAAGGCGCAGAGAGUCCAGUGAAGUUGGCGCUUUUGCCCAGUGGGGGUCCUACAGGUUGUUUCUUCAUUAGGAAGGAACAAUCAGAGUUCUGAUGGAAGGUCAUGACUUAUCCUUUUCUGGCUGUUAGGAAACAAGAUCUAGUCGAAUGAAUGUGUUGUUAACAAAGA